CUCUCUGCACCCAAUUCAUUCCCAUCACCGGCACCACUGCUGUCGCCACGACAAGCUCUUCUUCUCCUCGCGCAUCCGCCCAUGGAGCUGGCCUCCUCCGCUUCCGCCUCCGUCUGCUCGGCGUACCACCAGCUCUCGGCGCCAGAGGGCGAUGAUGGUGACGGCAGCACGCAGGCGACGACGCAGCUCGCACGGCGGCGGGGGAGGAGGCACGCCGGCGGCUGCGCCGGGCUCCGGCGGCGGUGCUACGCGGUGCUGAAGCAGCAGCGGACGCGGCUGUACAUCCUCCGGCGGUGCGUCACCAUGCUGCUGUGUUGGCACGAGCACGACCUGUCCGACUGAGCCUGGGCCGCGAGCCCGGUUGAAUUCCACGCAGGCUGAGCUGGGCCGGGCCGGGCCUAGUUUUCUCGUUCGUUUUGUAGGAAGUUUAGAGUUUCGGUGUACACUGCCGGUCUGUGAAAAAGAGCAAAUUCUGGUGAACUUUUUCGGUUUGAUGUGUGUUUGAGCAUGAAUGCAAACAGGGUAGAUUUGUGAUCCAACGAAAUUCCAAUCAACAUG